CCACCAUCCAUCUGAACUCCUCUUCAGAUAGCAGAUAUUGACAGUGAAUUUGUGAGCAGCAGUGCAGAUAUGAGGGUGUUUAUUGCGGUCUUGUGUCUGAUGUGGCUGUCCUCUUGUGAGGGCCGCACACUGGGGCGUUGUGACGUCGUCCGUAUCUUCAGGGAAGGGGGACUUGAUGGCUUUGAGGGAUUCUCUCUUGGCAAUUAUGUGUGCACGGCCUACUGGGAAAGCAGGUUUAAGACCCAUAGAGUGCGUUCGGCUGAUACCGGGAAAGACUAUGGAAUCUUCCAGAUAAACAGUUUCAAAUGGUGUGAUGAUGGCACUAAGGAUGGAAAGAACAUGUGCAAUGUGCCCUGUUCAGAUUUGCUUAAGGACGACCUGAAAACUUCAGUUGAAUGUGCAAAGCUCAUUGUGAAAACCGACGGACUGAAAUCAUGGGACACCUGGGAAAGUUACUGUAAUGGCCGUAAGAUGGAACGCUGGGUGAAAGGUUGCGAAUAGCAUAAGGCCUUGAUUGCCCGUGGGAUCUUUAAUUACCUACAAUGAUUAUGUGCUAAUGCAGUUUAAACUCUUGGUUGAUGUGACUUUAAAGGCAUUGUCAUCAGUAAUAUUUGCAUCCUUGAUCUUGAUAUGUAUAUUAAAGCAUCUUCCCAAAUUGUAAAGUUGUGCUUGCGUCUCACUUUUGGCUUAAGCUGAUGCAGCAGCAAAUUAUGACAGAUGGUUUGUUUGAUAUUAGUAGUGGUGAGCUUUUAUUUAAAUUGCUUUUAUUAAAAAUGGAAUAAUCUGUCUCUGAAAACCCAUAUUGAUUGACCAGCACUCUGAAUAUUAAACAUGUCCCUCUAAAUGUC